GAGAGGGAGGUGGUGCAUCAAGACGGCAUAGAGCAGCAGCAGGCUGUGCUUAGGGAUCUAUUGUUCCCUGUUUUAUAGCUGCCAGACCUCAUUCUCUCUCAUUAGGAGCAUAGAGAGAAAGAGAAUCGGAGAGGAGCCGGAGAGCGAGAGAAGACCUCAGCCCCGUCUGCCCGGGAUUACUUUCUUGGACACACUGGUGUGGACAAAGCAGAAACCACACUUAAGUCCAGUUCCGUACCUCGUGGCCAGGCUUGCCUUUUUCCUCUGGACUGCAUUGGGAACUACAGUAGUUGCCGUGCGGUGGCCAUGGGGCUGACCGUCAGAGCUGCGGGGACACUGGGAGUCUCGAGUAGUGCACCCCUCCCCUCUCUCUGGAGGUUAGCGCUGUUCUUUCUCUCCAUCUGGGAACUGGAUGCAGAAACCGCAGUGGAAAAUAGACCUGUGUACAUCUGGCAAACAGGUCCAUGGGGUCGUUGUAUGGGGAAUGAGUGUGGUCCUGGAGGCAGCCAGAGCAGGGCAGUAUGGUGCGCACAUUCUGAAGGCUGGACUACCCUGCACACCAACUGCAAUCAGACGGAACGUCCAGAAAACCAGCAGAGCUGUUUCAGGGUGUGCGACUGGCACAAGGAUCUGUACGACUGGCAGCUUGGAGCCUGGAACCAGUGUGUCCCAGUGUCGAUGCGCAGUGCUGGAGUGCAGCGCCCCGCUGUGUGCACCCGCGGGGACGAGGGCAUCCAGACCCGUGAGGUGGGCUGUGUCCAGAAAGUAAACGGUGAGCCCGCAGAGGACGCAAUCUGCGAGUACUUUGAGCCUAAACCUCGCCUGGAGCAGGCCUGUCUCAUACCAUGUCCUCGGGACUGUGUAGUGUCAGAGUUUAGCCUUUGGACUUCCUGUUCAAAAACCUGUGGUAUGGGCUUACAGAACCGGAUCCGGUUCAUUCUGGCUCCGCCACUGUUUGGCGGGGCAGCGUGCCCGAACCUCACUGAAUUUCAGACAUGUCAACUUGGUCUAUGUGAGGGAGAGGAGGGCCUAUACAGCCUCAGGGUGGGACCUUGGGGGCCCUGCUCUGUUCCACUGCCGAGGCAAGCCAGACAAGCUAGCAGACCGACCAGAGACAGUGACAAACCAGCCAGAGAAAGUGACAAACCAGCCAGAGAACGUGACAAACCAGCCAGAGAAAGUGACAAACCAGCCAGAGAAAGUGACAAACCUACCAGAGAAAGUGACAAACCACCCAGAGAAAGUGACAAACCUACCAGAGAAAGUGACAAACCUACCAGAGAAAGUGAGAAACCACCCAGAGAAAGUGACAAACCACCCAGAGAAAGUGACAAACCUACCAGAGAAAGUGACAAACCUACCAGAGAAAGUGACAAACCAGGCAGAGAAAGUGACAAACCAGCCAGAGAAAGUGACAAACCAGCCAGUGAAAGUGACAAACCAGCCAGAGAAAGUGACAAACCAGGCAAAGAAAUUGACAAACUUUCCAAAGAGGGAGACAAACAGUCAAGAGGGAGCGAUAAAACAUCCAGAGGUGGUGAUAAGCAGUCCAGAGAGAGUGUCUCACAAACUGGUGAGGGUGACAAACAAUCAAAGGGAGGGGAUAAGCGGACCAGAAUGGGAGAGAAACGGCGAAAAAAUGGAGGCAAAUGGUCCAAAGAGGGCGUUAAAGUGCCCAGGGAUGGCGACAGACCAUCAAGACUCAACAGAAAACUCAGCAGAGCAAACAAGAAACCGGACAGGCCGUCGCGACAGGCAGACAGGCCCAAACGACAGAAAAAGGCUAAAAACAAGGAAAAGAGAGAGAAGAUACGAGAGAAAGUCAGAGAAAGGUUAAGGGAGAAGGGCAAGUCAAAGGACCCCGAGACGAGAGAACUUAUCAAGAAGAAGAGGAACAGGAACCGUCAAAACCGUGUAGGAGGAAAGUCCUGGGACCUGCAGGUCGGCUACCAGACCAGAGAAGUGGCGUGUGUCCACAAGAACGGGAACACUGAAGCACUUGGCCUCUGCUCUCAGGAGACAUUGCCAGUGACCUUCCACGCCUGCGUCUUGACCAAAGACUGUGAUGUGACUGAAUGGUCUGACUGGUCAGCUUGCUCCAAGGAGUGCUAUGACCCCAGCGGGCCUAAGGGCGAACGGACUCGCACCAGGAAAGUGAGCCAGUUUCCGAUUGGUGGAGGAGCAGAUUGUCCAGAGCUGGAGGAGAAGGAGCCCUGCAGCCCGCAGGGAGAUGGAGUGCUGCCCUGCAUUGUUUACAGUUGGAAGAGCACCGAGUGGACAGAGUGCAGGGUGGAUGUGCUGCUGAGCCAGCAGGACCGUCGUCGCGGCAACCAGACGGGGUUGUGUGGAGGUGGGAUACGGACGCGGGAAGUCUACUGCGUCCAUAGCAGCGCUGAGACGCCGUCCAACCUCAGCGCUCUGAGGAGCAAGGAAGCGCUGCGGCCCGUGGACAGCGAGCUGUGUCUGGGCGCCCCCCCGAACACCACCCAGCUCUGCCACAUCAGCUGUCCUGUCGAAUGCGAGGUGUCUUCGUGGAGCGCGUGGGGGCCCUGCACCUAUGAGAACUGUCAAGACCAGGCGGCCAAGAAAGGCUUCAAACUGAGGAAGAGGAGGAUAGUCAAUGAGCUGACGGGCGGGACAGGGAACUGCCCCCACCUGGUGGAGGCAAUACCGUGUGAGGACCCCAGCUGCUACGACUGGCUGGUGGUCAAACUGGACGAGUGUAUCCCUGACAACGAGAGGGAGUGUGGACCCGGGACCCAAAUCCCUCAAGUGCAGUGUAUCAACAGUGAUGGUAAAUAUGUGGAGAGGCAGUUGUGCCGCGAUGCCAUCCUGCCCAUGCCCGCCAUCUGUGAGGUGCCUUGCCCGAAGGACUGUGUCCUGAGCCCCUGGACUCCCUGGUCCCCCUGUUCUCACACGUGCUCCGGAAAAAGUACGGAGGGCAAGCAGACGAGAUCUCGCUCCAUCCUCGCCUACAAUGCAGGAGAAGGUGGAGUCCUCUGUCCUAACACCAGCGCCCUGCAGGAAGUGAGGAACUGCAAUGACCAUCCCUGCACUGUGUACCACUGGCAAACAGGCCCGUGGGGCCAGUGCAUCGAGGAUUCCUCCAUUCCGACCACCAACAUGUCUGUGAUCAGGACACACAGCGAGGACGCCUCCUGCUCAGUGGGGAUGCAAACACGCAAGGUCAUCUGUAUCCGAGUCAACGUGGGCCAGGUUCCCCCCAAAAAGUGUCCAGAGAGCCUGCGUCCAGACACCGUCAGGCCCUGCUUACUGCCAUGCAAGCGGGACUGCAUCGUGACCCCGUACAGUGACUGGAAUCCAUGCCCGGCAGCAUGUAAAGCAGAUGGAAAUAUGAAGAAGAAACAGAACAGGAAGCGUAUUAUUAUCCAGUUACCAGCCAAUGGUGGACAGGACUGUCCUGAGGUGUUGACCCAGGAGAGAGAGUGUGAGGCUCCAUCCGUCUGCAGUGGAUACCGCUGGAAAACUCACAAGUGGCGGCGAUGCCAGCUGGUCCCAUGGUCGGUCCGUCAGGACAGUCCCGGAGCUCAGGAGAUGUGUGGGCCGGGGCUGCAGAUCCGAGCUGUUUCAUGCCGGAAGCAGGACGGUGGGCAAGUGGAGGUUGAAGCUUGUCUUAAGUUUGCCAGCCCCAUGCCGCCUCUCAUCCAACACUGCCAGCUGCCCUGCCAGGAGGACUGUCAGCUCAGCAGCUGGUCCAAGUUCUCCUCCUGCACUGCCGACUGUGUGGGCGUCAGGGUCCGCAAGAGGAUGCUCGUGGGGAAGAGCAAGAAGCGUGACCAGUGUAAGAACCACCAGGUGUAUCCGCUGAGCGAGACGCAGUACUGCCCGUGCAACAAAUACAACGCUCAGCCUGUGGGGAACUGGUCGGACUGUGUCCUCCCCGAAGGCGGCCGCCUGGAGGGUCAGCUGGGAAUGAAGGUUCAAGGCGACAUCAAGGAGUGUGGCCAGGGAUACCGCUACCAGGCCAUGGCGUGCUACGACCAAGACAGCCGCAUUGUGGAGACGUCGCGCUGCAACAGCCACGGAUACAUCGAGGAGGCUUGCAUCAUCCCCUGUCCGUCCGACUGCAAACUGAGUGAGUGGUCCAACUGGUCGCGCUGCAGCAAGUCCUGCGGCAGCGGUGUCAAGGUUCGCUCAAAGUGGCUCAGAGAGAAGCCCUACAACGGCGGGAGACCAUGUCCUAAACUGGACCACGUCAACCAGGCUCAGGUAUAUGAGGUUGUGCCCUGCCUCAGUGACUGUGGCCAGUACGUCUGGGUGGCAGAGCCCUGGAGUGUGUGGAAGGUGAGCAACGUGGACGUCAAGGACAACUGUGGUGAAGGCGUCCAGACCAGGAAAGUCAGGUGCAUGCUGAACACCAUAGACGGACCCUCUGAGCAAGUGGAGGACUACCUGUGUGACCCGGAAGAGAUGCCUCUGGGGGCCCGCAACAGCCGGCUGCCCUGCCCUGAGGACUGCGUCUUAUCAGACUGGGGAACCUGGACCCCAUGUGCACUGCCAUGUAACGGGAACAGUACACGGGCGAGGACGGCGUUCCCGCUGCGGCAGCCCGGAGAGGAGAAGGAUUGUCCUCCGACUAAAGAGACGGAGCCUUGCAAACUGAACGGCAACUGCUUCCAUUACUCCUACAACAUCACUGAUUGGAGCACCUGCCAGCUGAGCGACAGAGCGGUGUGCGGAAACGGCAUCAAGACCCGCAUGUUGGACUGCGUGCGUAGCGACGGGAAGUCUGUUGACCUCAAGUUCUGCAAAGAGUUGGGUCUGGAGAGGAAGUGGCAGAUGAACGCUUCCUGCGUGGUGGAGUGCCCCGUCAACUGCCAGCUGUCCGACUGGUCGCUAUGGUCUAGGUGCACUCACACCUGUGGGCUGUCAGGGAAGCUGUGGAGGAGACGGACGGUGACCCAAGUUCCUCAGGGUGAUGGCAGACCGUGUCCAUCCCAGAUGGAGCAGUGGAAGCCUUGUCUGGUGAAGCCCUGCUACAGCUGGAGAUACAGCGUCUGGUCUGAGUGCAAGUCUGAGGGGGCGAGGUGUGGAGAAGGCCUACGCUUCAGGAACGUGUCGUGCUUCGUGUCAGACGGCUCGGGUCUGCAGGACAGCAGCCUGGUGGACGACGAGCUGUGUGGAGACCUGGAGCUCUCCGUGGAUGGAGAUACACAGAUCGUUCUGCAGGAAACCUGCACUGUUCCGUGUCCAGGAGAGUGCUACCUGAAGGAGUGGACCACAUGGAGUCCGUGUCAGCUGAGCUGUGUGAGCGGGGACGACCUGGGCUUCGGCUCCGUCCAGGUCAGAUCCCGAGCUGUGGUGGCCCAGGAUCCCGAGAACCUGCUGCAGUGUCCAGAGCAGGAGAUGGAGGCUCGACCUUGUACAGAGGGCCAGUGUUUUGAAUACAAGUGGAGGAGUGGACCGUGGAAGGGCUCAUCUCGACAAGUCUGGUGUCAGCGCUCUGAUGGGCUAAAUGUCACAGGUGGAUGCCCUAUGACUGCAAUGCCAAUGGCUGACCGAUCAUGUGACCCGCCCUGCACCAAGCCACGUUCCACCUGCACGGAGGUGGGCGUGUGCGGCUGUGAAGAAGGCUACACUGAAGUGAUGACGUCGGACGGCCUGCUGGACCAGUGCACCGUCAUCCCAGUGCUGGAGAUCCCGACGGCGGGAGACAACAGGGCGGACGUCAAGACCAUCCGAGCCUUUAACCCCACGCAGCCCGCAGCCAGCUCGCCGGGCCGCGUGGGACGCACCUGGUUCCUGCAGCCCUUUGGUCCAGAUGGGAAGCUGAAGACCUGGGUGUACGGCGUCGCAGCCGGAGCCUUUGUUCUGCUCGUCUUCAUCAUCUCGAUGACGUACCUAGCAUGCAAAAAGCCAAAGAAGCCACAGCGGCGGCAGAUGAACAACAGACUGAAGCCGCUGACUCUCGCCUACGACGGAGACGCUGACAUGUAGCCGUCGUCCUGCGGUUCGCAAAUUACCUAAAGACAUUCGUCCUACUGCAGGGCACAUGGGGUUGCUAUGGAAACCCUUUGAUGUCAGGGCUGCCGCUGGGCAUUGUUCAAACAUCACACACCAUGGGCACCAUGUGAAUAUGACUGAUGGGAAGAAGAAAAAAAAAAGCCCAAGCCCUCAAAGAUCAAGACAGUGAAUCCAUGUCCAUUUGCAGCCUUGAUAUUCCUCUCUCUUGUUUUUUUUUUGUUUUUUUUUUAUUUCCAUUUUUGAUACUUCCAGAAAAGCCUUCAUGAAUAGUUUUUUCGUCUUCUUUCGGAAGUCUGCCUUCGCUUCUCUGCCAUCCACUACUGCCAGUAACGUCCAAACCACAGCCGUUGGGAGUUGGAGAGGCUCACCUGACAAAGAUUUUGCUCGAAAAAGCACAAAUCUCCGUUUCUCUUUUUUGUUCUUUUUUUUAUUUUUUGCCUCAGCUGAGUGGGACUGUCUCUCCGGGGGACACUUCGUCGAUUUUCCGCCCCGAAACCGGAACAUUCUAUACUCUCCAUGUUCCGCUCAUGCAUACGCGACGCCUACAGUUCCAUCCAUACUACGGGUAUGCAUCGCUCGAUCGAUGUUCCACGCGCUCCUCCGCUUCCACACUUCUAUUCCUGUCUCUCUUGUCUUACUUGGAGAAUGCGUGCGGUCCACACACAUUCAUGUUGGCAUGGAUGUAUGAUGACAUUUCCAUCAAGUGGCCCAUAGAGGGCCUCAGCAGACUGGCGGAUUUGGCCUUUAGUGUCGUCACGCAAGGAAAAAGAAACUAACGGAUAAUGGACCCCAGAGUCUGCCUGCCUGUCCCGUCUCAGUUUUUUUUAGGCAUAAUUUUGCACUAUAUUAGUGCAGCAUGAUAUGUUCUUAUGUCUAGCUUCACCAUAGGAAACUGCCUCUCUCAAUACAAGAUGGUGUACAGUCUUGUGCUAGAAACUGUAAAAAAAACAACAAAAACAAAAGUAGACUUUUUUGCAAACGGAACUCACCAAUGUUUGUUAAUAUUUUUCUUCUAUUACCUCUUGUAUGUGAUAACGACAGUGUAAAUAGGGUUCUCUCUUUCUUUUCUUGUACAGCUACACGUCUCCCAAACUCUGCCCGAGUUCCUUCAUGCGCUGACAAAUUUUGACUGUGACUUCACACGUCAAGGUUUCUACUUUUGUAAAUUAAAAGGAUAAGCUACACAAUUCAGAAUGCAUGAGACUCAAACAACAACAACCCCCCCCCCCCCCCCCCCCCUUUUCCACAUGAACCUCUGUAGCUGUGACGGGAGAAGAAGAGCACGAGAAGAGACAAAAACUUCAACACGGAGGGCCAGUUAUUAUUGUUUCCCGCCGUUGUCGCCUUCAUUGCACUCGGCUGCUUCCUGUUCUUAAGCGUUUAGGAGCCGAAUUCUUCCCAAAAACAAUCAGACCCUGCAGUCUCGUAAAAAAAAAAAAACACUGAAUAAAGCCAUCUUGUGUUAAAAGUAAGUGUUUCUUUAAGGCUAUUCGGUUGAUACUAUUACUUUGCUUCUUCCUCUGGUAACUUGUGAUCCAGACGACAAACUUCCUUUAGCAUUGUCCUCCUUCCUCCCUGCAUUUGUUUCUCGAUCCUGGUCCUGAAGACCCCAGGAGUCAGGACCAGGAUUGAGAAACACUGACCGAGUGAGUGUAUUUAUUCACCAGCAGUCUAACUGGCUCCUGGUUGGAGAAAGUGUUUUGGGUUUAAUCUGUUGGAUUAAGACAUGGAUGCAAAUUGUGUGUGAUGCGAAUCGAGAUGUCGCUGACGUCACAUGUCACCGUGGCGGUGUACCCGGGGUGUGGCCAACACGUGAGAGUUUGGAGGACGGAUGAGAGCCAGUGGUGCAUGUCCACCUUAGUGAUGGACGGAUCGGGCGCAGCAGACAGCAACCAAAGGGCCUACCCCCUCUUCCCAGCCCCGCCUACACCCCUGUUUCCAAAGUAAUAUCCCAGUAAAUACUAUAGUGUAAUAUCAUGUUAUUACCAUUAUUUUACCUCCCCAUUAAAAAUGAUUGCCACACUAUUACAUUAUAUCCUGUAAUGUUAAGUGUUACAGAUUAACAGAUGUUGCUCAAAACAGGAUAUGAUAGCAUUCCAACGUGAAGCAAAGGUUAAAACAAGAAAACAAGUCUCUCGGUGACUGAAACCCCAGGGGUUUUGACGUCAGGGCGCGUCCACUUUCACCCCCCAAAGUCCCUUUAAACGUCCCUGCUUGAACCACUGGGGUAACUUGGAAGCACUGGUCUAAUUGUAUCCAUUUGUAUCUCUUGAUAAACCGUUGAUAAUCUCAUCCUCUGUUGACGCCUUGAUUACAUUGCCUAUGUGUCUCGUCUCCUCCGGCCCGCUCUGCCUUCGGUCCGCCUUCGUCCGCAGCUACAGCAGAGCGUUCACUUCUGUCUUAACGGCUUUUUCCUCAUCCAUCCUUGUUUCGUCGUGUCUCUCAGAGGGAUGAAGAGUGGUGGCCUCCCUCUCCUAAAGAGCUUUCAGCCUGGCUGCGCCCUCCUCUUUGUAUCCAGCUGAUGGUGUGAAAUCCCCACCCGGGAGCUUUUUCUACAGCUGAGAAUACAGUUCAGGAAAAAACAAAUAAAAGUAAAAAUAAAAAAAUCACUGAAACCUACAGUGCUGCCUAAUGUAACUGCCUGAUAGAAGCUAAAGGUCCAGUCGCCCCAAAGUGAUCACUGUAUUCUUUGUCAGUACUGAUGCAUCAUAUCAUUUGCCAGAGAACGGCAGUUUAAUAUUCUGUGGAGUUUGUUGCUAGUAAAAAAAAAAAUCAAUGGAAUGUUUAAUUUAUAUUUCUUGGAAUAUGAGUUGUAAAUAAAGUGCUAAAUAUUUCUUUUCUUUUUUUAAAAAAAAAACAAAAAACAAAUUUAAUUUAUUGUCCAUGUAUCAUAAUAAUGUUUUCCCUUUUUUUCUACUACACGAGAUGUUAUGCAUACGUAAAAAUGAAAAACACUGGAGGUGUGAAUGUGGGUGUGUGCUAAAGGGGAUACUGCUAACCUUGUGAAAAACCAAGUCGCCGAUGAAUCUGUCCUUUUUUCCUACUGUUUGUUUAUAUGUAUUUGACUAAUUGCUAAUAAUAAACAACGGAAAUAUUUCAAAUUCCUCUCGUA